UCACUCUUCCUCCAUCCAUCACCUCUGUCCUUCUUCUCCUUUCCUAACAUUAACCCUAGCUGGCACUCCUCCUGUAUCUUCCUCUACAGUCUCCCUCCAUAUAGUUUCCCCCCCCUCCCUCGUUGCUUCCUGUUUGGUUCCCAAGAAAAUUCAUUCCAUAUGACUAUCAAAGGUUUUGUUGAGGGAGGCAUCGCUUCCAUCGUCGCUGGAUGCUCCACCCACCCUCUCGACCUCAUCAAGGUCCGAAUGCAGCUUCAGGGCGAAACCCACGCUCCGACCGUUCACAACCUCCGACCCGCACUCGCCUCCGGCAGCGUCGGGCCACCUCCGGCUCGUAUUGGUCCUAUUGCAGUCGGCGUUCGCAUCAUCAAACAAGAAGGUGUUGCCGCUCUUUACAACGGCGUCUCCGCCACGGUCCUCCGCCAGAGUCUCUACUCCACCACCCGAAUGGGACUCUACGAUUACCUCAAGCAUAAGUGGUCCGAUCAGAAAGCCGGAGGCAACAUGUCUCUUUCCAGGAAGAUCGCCGCCGGUUUGUUGGCUGGAGGUGUGGGGGCAGCAGUUGGAAACCCGGCGGACUUAGCCAUGGUUCGCAUGCAAGCCGACGGCCGUCUUCCGCCAGCUCAGCGGAGGAACUACAAGUCCGUGGUGGACGCCAUUGUACGAACCGUGAAGCAAGAGGGAGUAACUAGCCUGUGGAGAGGCUCGUCGCUUACGGUGAAUCGCGCUAUGCUGGUGACGGCGUCGCAACUAGCGUCGUACGACCAGGUCAAGGAGGAGAUACUGAAGAAGGGGACGAUGAGCGAUGGGCUCGGGACCCACGUGACGGCGAGCUUUGUGGCGGGUUUCGUGGCGGCGGUGGCAACAAACCCGGUGGACGUGUUGAAGACGAGAGUGAUGAACAUGAAAGUGGAGGAAGGUGGGAAGCCGCCGUACUCCGGCGCCAUAGAUUGCGCCGUUAAGACGGUGCGAGCAGAGGGUCCGAUGGCGCUCUAUAAAGGAUUUAUACCGACGAUUUCAAGGCAGGGACCCUUCACCGUGGUGCUGUUUGUGACGCUCGAAGAGGUUCGCAAGUUGCUGAAGGAUUUCUGAGGGACAGAACUUCCGUGAAGGGAUGGACGAUGAUCCCCACAGCUUCGAUUAAAAGUGGUUAAAAGAAGUAUUAAGCACUUAAUUUUUGUCUUAAUCUUUGCCAUCUUACUAUAUAUUAUUGAAAUUUUG